AUGCUUGAGAUGAUGGAGACGUCUUUUGAUGACGACGAGGAGCUUCUCCUAAUGCCAGCCUGGAAGCAAUUUGAUGGACAGGAGAUAUUCUAUGUGAUUCACCCAAAUCGUGCCGUCACUCGAGAAGUAUUCGUUGAUGGCGUCAAGCAGGGAACACGAUACGCUGGCGAAUUUGCAACCGUCGACUAUGAGCCGUGGCUAGUCUUCGUCAACUAUUUACCCUUUGAGGAUACUAGUAUGUUAGAAGGUCUGAGAUGCACGCAACCUGCGCACCGUGGCCACAGUCCCCAAAGUGGAUGUCUGCCGGAUGAUUAUUCUGGUGGAUACUUGCGUAAAAAUUGGGAUACGUUGCACUCGAAGCUUACCGAAUUGGCCGCAAAAAUCGAGCAGAAAUGA